UUUAUGUGUCCGGCGCUGCUGGGUAUAUACACAGUCCCGUGUAGCGUCUUCCUGUCACCCUCAGCGCUCUCCUCUGUCACCGACAUCUCAUCAUCAGCAGCAGCAUGAAGCCGACGCAGCGCAGAGUCUACGUGGUGGGGGUCGGCAUGACCAAGUUUCUGAAGCCUCGCGAUGCAGUUGACUACCCAGACAUGGCUAAGGAAGCAGGUCAGCAGGCUCUGGCGGACGCAGGAAUCCCCUACUCCUCCGUGGAACAGGCGUGUGUAGGCUACGUGUAUGGUGACUCCACGUGCGGCCAGCGGGCCAUUUAUCACAGCCUGGGGCUCACCGGAAUCCCCAUCAUCAAUGUCAACAACAACUGCUCCACCGGCUCCACGGCGCUCUUCUUAGCCAGACAGCUGGUCCAGGGAGGGUUAGCAGACUGCGUUCUGGCUCUCGGAUUUGAGAAGAUGGAGCGAGGAUCGCUAAAAUCCAUGUACACGGACCGGACAAACCCAAUGGAUAAACAUUUAGAAGUUCUAGCCAGCAAGUAUGGCCUGGAGCCUGCUCCAAUGGCCCCUCAGAUGUUUGGAAGAGCUGGGCUUGAACACAUGGAGAAAUAUGGAACAAAGCCGGAGCAUUUUGCAAAGAUCGCGUGGAAGAAUCACAAGCAUUCUACAAACAACCCAUUAUCACAGUUCCAAGAGGAAUACACACUGGACCAAGUGAAGAAUUCCCGGAAAGUCUUCGAUUACCUUACAGUCCUCCAGUGCUGCCCGACUUCUGAUGGUGCAGCAGCCGCCAUUCUGGCCAGUGAAGACUUUGUGCGCAGUCAUGGCCUGCAGCGGCAGGCGGUGGAGAUCCUGGCGCAGGAGAUGAGCACGGACACCUCCAGCACAUUUGGCGAGGAGAGCUGCAUGAAGAUGGUGGGGUAUGACAUGAGUAAGAUGGCCGCUGAGAGGUGCUAUCAGAGAGCCGGGGUGAAGCCGGAGGAUGUGGAUGUGAUUGAGCUUCAUGAUUGUUUCUCUGCCAAUGAGCUCAUUACGUACGAGGCACUGGGGCUCUGCCCACCAGGAGGAGCUGGAGACCUGAUUGACAGAGGAGAUAAUACAUAUGGUGGUCGCUGGGUUAUCAAUCCAAGUGGAGGCUUAAUCUCCAAGGGACAUCCAUUGGGUGCGACAGGGCUGGCUCAGUGCGCCGAGCUGUGCUGGCAGCUCCGCGGUCGGGCGGGGAAGCGGCAGGUACCGGGCGCCAGGCUCGCGCUGCAGCAUAACAUCGGACUCGGGGGAGCGGCGGUGGUGACGCUGUACAGGAUGGGGUUCCCGGAGACCGGUUCCACACGGAUUCAGUUGACGCCAACCAGCGCUGAAGACGGAUUUAAAGCCCAAUAUGUGUUCCAAGAAAUUGAGAAGAAGCUGGAGGAGGAUGGAGAGCAGUUUGUUAAAAAGAUUGGCGGAAUCUUUGCCUUUAAGGUGAAGGAUGGACCUGGAGGGAAAGAGGCCACGUGGGUGGUAGAUGUGAAGAAUGGUAAAGGGUCCGUACUGUACAACUCAGAUAAAAAAGCUGACUGCACAAUCGCAAUGUCUGACGCUGACCUCCUGGCGCUGAUGACUGGGAAGAUCAAUCCUCAGACGGCUUUCUUCCAGGGCAAGCUGAAGAUCACUGGGAAUAUGGGAAUGGCCAUGAAGCUGCAGAGCCUACAGCUGCAGCCUGUGAAAGCCAAGCUCUGAAGCGGCACGUGAACUGCGCAGCAGGGAUCAACCAAUGAUGUCAUCAGCGACAAUUGCUGCUAUCCCCAACCAAGACCAAGCAAUUAACUCCUCUUCAUUUGCAGGCAGGCAUUGUAGGGCGGAGCCCAGCUGUGCAUGUGUGUAGUAUUACAUGUGUGUGCGGCACUCCCCUACGUGUAUGACUGCACUUCAGGUCUCUCUACACAGGAAGGGUGCAAUCAGGGAACCUGCUUUGAUCGCUAAUAGUUUGAUUUGAUCUUCCUGUUUUCCACUGUUGGUCUUCUCAACGAUUUCUGAACUAAACCCAGAUCACCUUAAAUUGAGCUAAUCAGGGAUAAUUAGCAGCCGAGCCUCCUCCAUGUAUCCUGCGGCUGCCGGGGCUUGGGCUGCUUUUUCCUCUAACAUGUUAAUAGCCAAAAUAAUGUUUAAUAAAAAAAAAUAUGUAAAA